AGACUUGAGUGAGAACUUCAUCCAGGCGAUUCCCCGAAAGGCGUUCAGAGGAGCGACGGACAUCAAGAACCUUCAGUUAGACAAGAAUCACAUCAGCUGCAUCGAGGACGGCGCUUUCCGUGCGUUACGUGGAGUUGAAGUUCUAACGCUGAACAACAACAACAUCAGCGGCAUUCCAGUGUCGAGCUUCAACCACAUGCCCAAGCUCAGGACCUUCCGUUUACAUUCCAACAACCUGAACUGUGACUGCAAUCUUGCCUGGUUGUCGCAGUGGUUGCGUGAGCGUCCGACCAUCGGCCUGUUCACCCAGUGCAGUUCUCCCGCUCCGCUACGAGGGAUUAACGUAGCCGAGAUCCAGAAACACGAGUUCAGCUGUUCAGGUCAGUCUGAGAGCGCGGUGGGCCAGUCGUGUAGUUUGGCCACGGGCUCGUGUCCGGCCGUCUGCACCUGCAGUAAUAACAUCGUGGACUGCAGAGGGAAAGGACUGACGGCGAUCCCGGGUAACCUGCCCGACAGCAUGGCGGAGAUACGACUGGAACAGAACGGCAUCAAGUCCAUCCCUCCUGGAGCCUUCUCUCCUUAUAAGAAACUGCGCCGAAUAGAUCUCAGCAACAACCAGAUCUCCGAGAUCGCUCCCAACGCCUUCCUGGGCCUGCGCUCGCUGAACUCACUGGUUCUGUACGGAAACAAGAUCACGGAUCUUCCCAGAGGAGUGUUUGACGGACUCUACGCCCUCCAGCUGCUGCUUUUGAAUGCAAACGAGAUCCACUGUCUUCGUGCAAACAGCUUCACGGACCUGCAGAAUCUCUCGCUGCUUUCUUUAUACGACAACAAGAUCCAGACGCUGGCCAAGGGCACCUUCUCCUCGCUGCGCGUGAUACAGACCCUUCAUCUGGCGCAGAACCCGUUCAUCUGUGACUGUAACCUGAAGUGGCUGGCGGAUUACCUGCGCUCGAACCCCAUCGAGACCAGCGGCGCCCGCUGUACCAGCCCUCGCCGGCUCGCCAACAAGCGCAUCGGCCAGAUCAAGAGCAAGAAGUUCCGCUGCUCCGCCAAAGAGCAGUACGUCAUCCCGGGAACGGAGGACACGCGUCUAAACACCGACUGUAAUAAUGACCCGGUCUGUCCCGCCAAGUGCCGCUGCGAGGCGAACGUAGUGGACUGCUCCAACCUGAGACUGAACCGCAUCCCCGAACACAUCCCAGCAUCCACCACUGAACUCCGUCUCAACAAUAACGAGAUCACGACGAUCGAAGCCACGGGUGUUUUCAAGACGCUGUCUCACCUGAAGAAGAUAAACCUGAGCAACAAUAAGAUCUCUGAGAUCGAGGAUGGGGCGUUUGAAGGGGCGUCUUCGGUCAGUGAACUGCACCUGACGGCGAACCAGCUGGACUCGGCUCACAGUGGGAUGUUCCGGGGUCUGGACGGCCUGCGCAUGCUAAUGCUGCGGAACAAUCGCAUCGGCUGCAUUCACAACGACAGCUUCACAGGCUUACACAACGUGCGUCUGCUGUCCCUGUACGACAACACGCUGACCAGCAUCACCCCGGGAGCCUUCGACACGCUGCAGAGCCUCUCCACCCUAAACCUGCUGGCCAACCCGUUCAACUGCGACUGCCACCUGUCCUGGCUGAGCGUCUGGCUGAGGAGCCGCAAGAUCGUGACGGGGAACCCUCGCUGCCAGCGGCCCGCCUUCCUCAAAGAGAUCCCACUGCAGGACGUCGCUCUGCCAGACUUCCAAUGCGGAGACGAUCACGAGGAGGCGAGCUGCUCUCCGCCGGCCCAGUGUCCCAGCGAGUGCUCCUGUCUGGAGGCGGUGGUGCGCUGCAGCAACAAACACCUGCACCUCCUGCCCAAAGGCAUUCCUCGCAACGUCACCGAGCUGUACCUGGACGGAAACCAGUUCAGCGUAGUGCCAAAAGAGCUGUCCAACUACAAAAACCUGCAGCUAGUAGACCUGAGUAACAACAAAAUCAGCUCCUUGACCAACUCUUCGUUCUCCAACAUGAGUCAGCUCACGACCCUGAUCCUGAGCUAUAACGCUCUCCGCUGUAUCCCGACUCUCGCCUUCAGGGGUCUCCGGUCUCUCCGCCUGCUGUCUCUGCACGGCAAUGACAUCUCAGAGCUGCCUGAUGGCAUCUUCACCGACGCAGCGUCACUGUCACACCUGGCCAUCGGUGCGAACCCCCUGUACUGCGACUGCCGCCUGCGCUGGCUCUCCGACUGGGUGAAGACCGGAUACAAGGAGCCUGGGAUCGCGCGCUGUGUCGGGCCGCACGGCAUGCUGGGAAAACUGCUGCUCACCACGCCGGCCAAGAGGUUCGAGUGCCAAGGUGAAGUGGACACUGCGAUACUAGCGAAGUGUAACCCGUGCAUGUCUAGCCCCUGUCUGAACCACGGCCGCUGCGAGGCGGAUCAGACGGACGGAUACAGGUGCAUCUGUUCUGAGGGGUUCAAGGGCAAGAACUGUGAGACUGUGAGUAACGCUUGUGUCAGUGAGCCCUGCAAGAACGGAGGAACGUGCCACGUGUCCGGAGGAGAGGAGCAAGGCUAUAGCUGUUCAUGUGCUGCAGGCUUUGAAGGUCCCGCGUGUGACACCGACACUGACGAGUGUAAAGAUAACGACUGUCAGAACGGAGCGACCUGCGUAGACGGGAUCAACAAUUACACAUGUUUAUGUGCCCCUUUUUACACAGGGGAGAUGUGUGAGGAUAUGGAGGAUAUGUGCGCUUCUACUCGCAGUCCCUGCAAGCACCAGUCGACCUGCUUCAUCACAGUCUCUGGCCCAAAGUGUAUAUGUGCCCCUGGUUAUGUGGGAGACGACUGCAGUGUGAACUAUGAUGACUGUCAGGACCACAGGUGUCAGAAUGGGGCGCAGUGUGUGGACGAGGUCAACGGAUACUCCUGUGUGUGUCCCAAGGGCUUCAGUGGACAGCUUUGUGAAGUGCCAUCUACUCCGCGUUCUCUCUGCGAGUUGGCCGACUGCCAGAACAACGCCCCCUGUGUGGAGCGGGGCGGGCAUCCACUGUGCCAGUGCCUGGCAGGGUUUGGUGGACCACGCUGUGAAAAGUUGGUCAGUGUCAACUUUGUGGACCGAGACUCCUACCUGCUACUGAGUGACCUGAAGAACUGGCCUCAAGCCAACAUCACGCUACAGGUGUCCACAGCAGAAGAUAAUGGCAUUCUUCUGUACAAUGGAGACAAUGACCACAUUGCUGUGGAGCUUGAUGAAGGUCAUGUUAAAGUCAGCUAUGACCCUGGCAGCCAACAAAGUCAUGCAAUCUACAGUACUGAGACCAUCAAUGAUGGUCAGUUCCACACUGUAGAACUGGUGACCUUUGACCAGAUGGUGAACCUUUCCAUAGAUGGUGGCAUCCCAACAACCAUGGACAGCUUUGGUAAAGUGCAGCCCUUGAGGGGAGAAGCUCCACUAUAUGUGGGAGGCAUGCCGGUCAGCGUCCACCCCACAGCUCCUCGUGUAUGGCAGAUCCAAAACGGCUCCAGUUUCCACGGUUGCAUUCAGAACCUUUACAUCAAUAAUGAGCUACAAGACUUCACCAAAACCCAGAUGAAACCUGGUGUGGUGCCCGGAUGUGAGCCCUGCCGAAAGAUAUACUGCCUGCACGGCAUCUGCCAGCCCAACACUGCGACGGGCCCCGUGUGCCACUGCCAGCCUGGGUGGAGCGGGCAACACUGCGACCAGCCUUCAGCCAACCCCUGCCUGGGCAGCAAGUGUGUCCAUGGAAGGUGUAUUCCAAUGGACAUGCAGUCGUACCGUUGUGAAUGCCAGGAGGGUUUUCAUGGAGCCCUGUGUAACCAGCUGGAAGAACUCUUCAACCCAUGCAGAAAACUGCAGUGCAAACACGGUCACUGUCAGAUCUCCGACACCGGAGAUGCCUACUGUCACUGUGAGGUGGGCUACAGCGGAGAGUUAUGCGACAAGGAGUCCGAGUGCCACGGGGAGCCGGUGCGGGACUUCUACCAGGUCCAGCGGGGUUACUCCAUCUGUCAGACCACACGCAUGGUGUCGUGGGUGGAGUGCAGUGGCGUCUGCGAGUCCGGCUCCUGCUGCGCCAGCCAACGCAUGAAGAGGAGAACACACACCUUCGAGUGCAGCGACGGCUCGUCCUUCAGCGAGGAGGUGGAGAAGACCGUCAAGUGUGGCUGCGCGGGGUGCAUGUAGAGCCACAACACCACAACACCACAGAAAGAGCCAUCACAACAACACAACAACAGAAAAAUAUAGACAUACCCCCGCCCCACCCCACACAACCUUUAUAUUCCCACCACAACCUGACAUUUCCACCCGUAAAAGGGUCAAAUAACACCAACUCUGCUGACAGAAGGGCAAGCAGAGGCUUGUUUCAGGCCUAAAGCAGAACAUUAGUCAUGUAUUAGAAGAAAACGAUGACUCUCUCUGCAGUGCUGGACGUGUAUUUGAGCAGAUUACGCUCCAAAAUGGUGAUGAAAGGAACAUGCACUACAUGUAUGAUAUACCUGUGUGGGAAAAUACAUCCUCAGCGACAUGCUGGUAAGAUAGAGCAUGUGAAUCACAAGUACGGCGGGAGAUUUUGCAUGGAACCACAUGCUGUCAAACCAGAUAUUUCCAAUGGUUUUGUGUGUUAUGGGACUCUUCCAUUCAUUAAUAAACGACAUGGGGGCCGAAACCACCCAGAAGCCUUCCAUCUGAACAUGAAGAGACACCCCUGGUGCCAUAACGUAGAGUUACCCUUCGGGAGCUUCUUUAUAAUAUUUCGACUUUCAAUAGAUCGAGGAGCGAGUCAGAAAGAAGGAUCUAUUCCAUAGUGUUUUGUCAUUCCAUUACCUCAAACAGAGCCUUGACCGAAUGUAAGGGAGAGCUGAAAUCAAGCGCUAGAUAGAUCUCAUCACGCCAUUUUCUAAGAUGCAUGCUCAUUGUCAUGUGAUGUCUGGAUUGUGGUUAAUAUUAGCACUGCCGAGCAGAAAAUAGACCAUCGCUUAUCGAAACCCUGCCGACUACGCCAUGCCACUGCAGUUUAAUAUGGGUCAGUGUUGGAGCUGUUUGAGGGGUACAAUAUGACUAUGGGUUAUGACCACAACACUGUACACACCGAAUCCCAUCCGCUGACGCAGCCGUAACGACUCCUACAGUAUUACCUCGGCAAGCUUCUGCGUUCACCAAGGUUUGCAAAUCGCCAUGAACAUCGUCCUAGAAUUAAAAACGCGAAUAAGUGCAGUUUGGCUUACUUCAUUUAAUUUCGGUGGGUGUUUGUUUUCGCUUUGAUUUCCUUUUCCCAACUUCCCUAGACCUUCACUUUAUACAGAAAUGCUUAACAGAUUCUAAUAUAUAUUUGUAUUUCAUUUUGGUAUAGUAUUUUUAUAUGUUAAAGAAUAAAUUUGUUUUCAGGAUUUUAUUAUCAAAACAGCAGUGUGAAAUUUGGUGACUUUUUGGUGUUUUAUUCAGUCAUUUAUUUCACUUGCUUAUACAGGCCACAGUGGUUUGAAACUGGCCACAAGCAUAGAUAAUAAUUAGCCUAUUAGCCUUAUUGUAAUAUGAGCCAGUGUUGAUUGUUUCGGAAGGUUUUUUCUUUCUUUUAUAUUGUAAAUGUUGUCUUCCAUGUGAAUACCACAUUUAAUUCAUUUAAAAUAUCUUUGUGCUUGAUUUUUGUAAUUAUUUAUUUUAAGACCUGUCCAGAUAGAAAGCUGAUUUUGAGUUGUGAAUACAGCCAAGAGGAAAAAGAGGUUAUUAAGGCAUUUUUAAUAGUGUAAUUACCAUCCAGUACUCAUAAUAAAGAGCAAGUCAACAGCCCCGAUUGCUCAGAGAAAUGCAGUCAUAUUUUAGUUAACUCUUCUUUAGUGAAGUGGCACUAUUUGAGAAGUAAUUCAAUUCUCCAUACAUUCAUUGAACCACAUGGUUGAUGUUUCCAUAACGCAAACAUUAACCGGUUUUCCUACUCUACGGUGGAUACUUAUUGCUCUUAUUGUACAUUGAGGUACUGGGAAUGAAAGCUGAUGAAUGUCAUCGCUAAAGAUGUGAUCGCUUCAGUGCACACAAAUCAUUGGAAAGGGUUUCCGACUUUUCCUGUAGAUGUCAUGGUCUGAGCUUAACCUUGUGCCAAUCACAACCAUUGCAUCAUGAACUCCAGAAACUUUGUGAAAGAUACUGUCGCUGUUGCAUAUAGAACAUUUAAGAGCUCUUGCUGUUUAUUCUUCUGAUGUUACGUUGAUAGUUACAUUGACUAACUGCAGUUACUCCGAAUGUAAGUAGCGCCACCAAAAUGUUUACUGAACUUCCUUUUUCAUUCAUUAAAAUGUGUGAUUAUA